UGCUAAAGAAACGUCGGUUGUGUACGGAAGACUGCUCUAUAAAGCUAGAAGCCGAGGUUGAAUUUUCUGUGAGAUCCUGUGUAUUGAUUAAACUACGAACCUAACAAGAUCACUACAUGGUGUCAGAAGUGGCGCAUUGGAAGAGGAAUGUGAAGAAGAGGUUCAGCUUUUGAACGAGUCUCGUGUCUCACAUCUUCCACAAGCAUUGACCCAGCUUGUCCAGCAGAAAACAGAAAAACACUUUAUAAAGCUUUAUUUUGUGUGUGUGUUGUUUGCAUUUGCUGAAGAUAAAAAAUAAGUAUGGAUUUUCUGACACAAUUGCCAAUCGAAUCCAACAGCAAAACAAUCUUCAUUGCUUUGUUUCUGGUCUUUGUAGCUCUUCUUUACUGGUAUUCAGUUUUUCCUUAUACUCAGCUUGAAAGGAUUGGCGUUAAACAUCCAAAACCCUGGCCUUUUUUUGGUAAUAUGUUCUUCUUUCAAAAGGGGUUUUGGGAUGCCCAUCAAGAACUUAUAAGAAAGUAUGGCAGAGUAUGUGGGUACUAUUUAGGUCGUCAACCUGUCAUCUUGGUUUCUGAUCCUGACAUGAUUAAACAAAUUCUAAUUAAAGAUUUUAAUAAUUUUCCUAAUAGAACGCAUUUCAAAAUGACUAAAAAACCUCUGAGUGAAAGCAUUCUCCUACUUCGUGAUGAGAGAUGGAAGAAAGUCCGAAGUGUUCUGACUCCAACGUUCAGUGCAGCAAAAAUGAAGGAGAUGGUUCCAUUGAUAAACAUAGCUGCUGACACACUGGUUGAAAACUUGAAGGUUUAUGCUGACUCAGGCCAAAGCUUUAAUGUUCAUAAAUGUCUGGGCUGCUUCACCAUGGAUGUCAUUGCCAGUGUAGCAUUUGGUACCCAAGUGAACUCACAGAAGAAUCCAGACAACCCCUUUGUUAAACAUGCUCAAACCUUUUUUUCUUUCACAUUUUUUCGACCUUUGGUAAUGCUAUUUAUUGCCUUUCCAUUUCUUAUUUCUCCUUUGAUUUGGAUUGUUCCAAACAAACAAAGGGACAACCUGAAUGAUUUCUUCAUUAGUUUCAUCAAAAACAUUAUCAAAGAGCGAGACAACCAGUCCCCCAAUGAGAGACGUAGAGACUUCCUUCAGCUAAUGCUUGAUGCCCGGAAUAGCACUGAAUGUGCCAGCCUUGAAAAUUUUGAUUUAGUUCACCACACUGAUGAUAUAUCUGGAGAUGCUCAAACAACUACAGCAUCAAAGAAAGUUCAAAAGACAACCCUGACUGAAGAUGAAAUUAUGGGACAAGGACUCAUUUUCCUGUUAGCUGGCUAUGAAACUACUAGUAGCACACUGGCAUUUGCUUGUUACAUGUUGGCAAUUUACCAAGAUUGUCAGAAGAUGGUAAUAAAGGAGGUGGAUGAUUUUUUUAGCAGACACGAAGUUCUGGAUUAUAACAAUGUGCAAGAGCUGCCUUACCUAGAUCAAGUGAUUUCAGAGACACUGCGAUUAUUUCCACCUGGAUUUAGGUUUGCCCGUGAUGCUUCUCGUGAUUGCGUUGUGAAUGGUCAAUUCAUUCCCCGAGGUGUAACUGUUGAGAUUCCUGCUGGAUAUAUACAUUAUAACCCUGAGUAUUGGCCAGAGCCAGAAAAAUUCAUACCAGAAAGGUUUACACAAGAAGCCAAGGCCAAAAGGCACCCCUUUACAUACCUCCCAUUUGGAGCGGGGCCCAGAAGUUGUAUAGCAAUGCGUUUGGCACUGCUUGAGGUGAAGAUAGCCAUGGUUCGUCUUUUACAACAGUACACCUUUGAAACAUGUCCAGACACCAAGAUUCCUGUGGAGUUAAAGUCCAGUUCGACUCUUGCACCGAAAGAUGGGAUUUUUCUAAAAAUAGUUCACAGAUACAAGUAAGAAUGAGACAAGUAAAGGAACAAGAGAAUUUCAGUCAAUCCUUCAUUGUGUAGUUAGUCAUAGAUACCACAAAAUAAUUACUUGUCCUAAUUAAAGGAAACUAUUUUCCAGUUUAAAACUCCUGCAUUCUGACUAUAGGUUGUUAGAAGACUUCCUUAAUUUUAUAUACAAUAUGAACUGUGUAAUACACAGCACUCAGACACUUCUACUACUAGUACUAGGAUGGCACUGCCCCACUACUCUACUCUACUAGUGUUGAAAAAAAUGUUACUGUUUAGAUAUACAGGUAGAUGGAUAGAAAAGGUAUACUAUAAUAGGGAAAAAGAAAUGUGCUGUAUAAAUUAAUAGCAUAGAUACAUAGGAAGGGCAUUAUAUGAUACUGUAGAUAGAUGAAUUAAUGAUCAUACAGUGGAUUCGGCAAGUGUUCUGACCCCAUAACUUUCUGCACAAUUUACCGCAUCGUAGAUUUAAUUUUCAAUGGGUAAAGUUGCUAUUUUUGCACAUAAAUCUACACUUUACAAUCCAUAAUAAUAAAGUAAAUACAUGUUUUUAAAAAGGUUUGCAAAUUUAUUAAAAAUCAAAAACUGAAAUACUAUAAGUAUUCAAACCCUUAAUUCAGUACUUUGCUAUUAUGGGUUAUUGAGCAUAAGGUAAAAAUAGCAAAUGUAUCCAUUUAAAAGUAAAUCUACAUUCACAAUAAAAUUUGCAGGAAGUGAAUGGGUCUGAAUACUUUCUGAAUUCAUUGACUGGGUAACUGCUUUGUUGAUCACCAAGGAGAAAUUCACUUGCUCCAGCAACAAUGUACAGUAGAACAUAACCUAGCUUGGAGAGUAUCGCAACAUUUUUGAAAAAUCUAGUUGAACAUCAGUUAUUUCUUUAAAGACAACAGUGAUUUUACCACUGGUAGAUGUUAACAUUACAGCACUUCAUUGUUAGGAGAUUGUACAAUGGUGGCUUUGAGUGAUGCUUGACUUAAAAAUUAGGGAAAGGUUAUAUUUGUCUAAACUUUGAUUUUAUAAUUAUAUAAUCACACUUAAUCUGAAAGGGUGCUUUUUGAUAUCAUGACCUAUAAAGGAUACAAUGUGUUUUUCUUUUGUUUGUUCAUAAUGAUUAAUUGUACAAUAGAACAAUUUGUACAAAUAGCAAAUCUUUUGUUUGACAUUAAUAAAUUGUUCUUUAACAUGAA